UGUGCGGUUGCAUCCCGAUACUAGUGUUGUAAAGAUGGCGGGGCCCACACGGAUUGAACUGUUUAUCGAGGAAAACUCGGUAGAAAGCGGCGCUCUGAAGGCGAUGCAGACCGUCAGACCGACCUGGAAGACUGAUGAGAUCAAGAUCAAGGUGUUCACUGAUGGCAUCACCAACAAACUGGUGGGAUGUUACCUGGAGGGGAAUAAGAGAGACAUGGUGCUGGUCAGGGUGUACGGCAACAAGACAGAACUACUGGUGGACAGGGUGGCAGAGAUAGAGAACAUGCAGAUUCUCCAUGCCAAUGGCUGUGCUCCAGAGCUGUAUGGUGUGUUCACGAAUGGCCUUUGCUAUGGCUACGUACAUGGGGUUGUGCUGGACACACAGCUCAUCAGGGACCCUAAAGUCUCCAGGUUGAACGGAAGAGAGAUGGCCAGAAUGCACCACAUCCAGCCAGCCAAUGGGAAGAUCCCCGAGCCUAGCCUCUUCAUUAAAAUGUCCAAAUACUUCACCCUCAUUCCAGAGAGUUUCCCUGAUGCUGAGAAAAACCAAAGGUACCAGCAGGAGAUCCCCAGCACUUCCCAGCUGCAGCAGGAGAUGGAGAGUCUCAAGGGGGCGCUGCUGCCACUCAACUCACCUGUCGUCUUCUGUCAUAAUGACCUGCUCUGUAAAAACAUUGUCUACACAGAGGCUGAAGACAAGGUGACCUUCAUAGACUACGAGUAUGCCAGCUACAACUUCCAGGCCUACGACAUUGCCAACCACUUCGAUGAAUUUGCAGGUGUAGAUGAGGUUGACUACAGCCUGUACCCAGACAGGGAGUUCCAGCUCACCUGGCUCAGGAGUUACCUGCAAUACUUCCACGCAGACCGGCCAGAGCCAGUCACGGACAGGGAGGUGGAGAUAUUGUAUGUCCAGGUCAACAAGUUUGCCUUGGCUGCUCAUUUCUUCUGGGGACUGUGGGCACUCAUCCAAGCCAGGUUCUCCGCCAUUGACUUCGACUUCCUGGACUAUGGCAUCCUACGGUUUAAUGAGUAUCUCAAGAGGAAGGACGAGUUCUUGGCAUUACAACUUCCUGAGUGAAGAUCGUUAUGUCUCGAGUGAAGAUUAUCUUGACCAGAAUGUCCUCCCACCAUGUUGUACAUAUUGCUGUAAUUCUUUAUUUU